AUGGCGGCGGUCGGGGUGCGGGGGGCAGUUCCAGGACUGCGUACAGCGGGGGCUCAGGCGGUGGAGGCGCCUGGGAUCUGCCUUACGUUGCCUACGCGGCUGGGGUCGCGGGACAAGGCAACCGUGGUGGGCGGAGCGACAGGGGGGGAUACGGCGCAGGCGGUGGCGGCGGCGGUGCGGGCGGCGUUGGGAGCAACGCACCCCGACAGAAUGUCGGGGGGGAUGGUGGCGUUGGAGUGGCGUCGUCAAUCUCAGGCUACUCUACGUAUUACGGCGGAGGCGGUGGCGGUGGCGUCAACGCAAACUGUUAUUGUUCCAGUUAUCCAGGAGGGGCUGGCGGCCUCGGGGGUGGCGGCAGUGGCAGCAGUCUUGGCUAUGGUUCCGGCGCUUAUUUCAAUGGCGGACACGGACAGGCAAACACUGGCGGUGGUGGCGGCGGCACGGAUCCUGAAUCUUCUUUGGCUGGCAAUGGAGGGUCCGGCAUCGUAA